AUGUCGUUUGAUAUAGACGAUAAACAAUUGUUAGAUGAUGAAAAACUUCUGGCUAGUCAAGUGAAACAACUUGAGUUAGUUAGUGAUCAACGUCUCGACCCAGCGUAUCCAUUUGUUGUUCGUCUGGAUGGUGUUUCGUUUCGAAAUUAUACGCGUGGCUUCAAAAAGCCGUUUGAUCAACGUAUGACUCGGGCAUUUAUUCGUACAUCUGCUGAUUUACUUCAACGAUUCAGUCCGUUGACGAUCUUCUAUGAGUCCGAUGAAAUCUCUCUUGUCUUCAAUGCAUGUCCAAUGCUCGAAUCAUCUGAGAAACAUCCUCGCGAACACAUGUACUCUGGUCGAAUACAGAAAUUAGUCUCCGUGCUUGCUUCGUAUACAGCAGCAAAAUUUAAUAAGUACAUCAAUGAAGAAGAUUGGUCAGAUAUAGAAAAUCCUCACGUGCGUGAACGUCUUCAAGCACAUUCGGCCUAUUUCGAUGGUCGAGCUUUUACCGUGCCUAAUGUGUUUGCUGCUAUGGCAUCGAUCUAUUGGCGUCAUCGAUAUGAUACAUUGAAAAAUGCGACAUUAACGUACGCAUUAACUCAUUAUUCACAAAAUGCUAUCCUGGGAAAAAGUCCACAUGAAUUACGUGAUCUGAUGCGUGCGGAAAAGAAUUGGGAUAUGCUUGCUGAUGCACCGAAGAAUAUUAUCUAUGGUACAUUCUUAAAAAAAGAAUUGUACGAUUUAGAAAGCGUGGAUCGCAAAACUCAACAGAAUGUUAUUGUCAAACGCAGUCGAGUACGUGUUGGAUCAUUUAGUAUGAGCAAAUUGUUAGCAAACAAUCAGGACAAAGUUGAAUUUAUUAUGAGCAAAUAUUGGAAUGAAGGAAACCCUAAUGUUAUGGACGUUGAGAUACCCGAUUGGUGGAUGCAGUACUAUCGGCAGCCAAAUACAUUAGUAAAUGAUGAAUAA